CAUUUACUGAUAAGAUUACUCCCAGAAAUGAGCCAAUGAAUACCCAAAUGAGGAGGGAAACUUGAUUUUCUCAACUGCUUUUAACAACUCCAAAGAAACAACCCUCUCACAUUCUUCCCCAAAUCCUCACCAAACCAAACCUAAAACCCCCUACCUAUCCUACAUUUCCUCUAUCUUCUUCUUCAAUUCUGCUCUAAAUGGAGAAAAACAUAUCCAAUUAGUACACAGAAGCUUCUUGCUUCAACAACCCACCCUUCUCUUUUCAACCCUCCAAAAGCUGUUGAGAAAAUGGGAAACUUUCCGAAACCCUAUUCCUUAAAACCCCAACAAUUCUCAACCGUUUCGGUAGGGUUUGUUCAAUCGGUACUUCCUCAUUACAAUGUGGGAUUCUCUUGGAAACCUCUUUGUGAGGACGCAGGAUAAUGGCGAUGAAGCGCUCCAAUUGGCUGCAUUACAGCGAUCGCCCACGUUUGUUAGGGCUAGAACUUCAGUUUUUAGGAAUUUUGGGGGUGAGUUUGCUCUUGUUGAUGUUAGUAAGCUUGAUGCUGAAGAGAAGAAGAUAGUGUUGGAUAAGUUGGUGAAUACAGUGAAUUCGAACCCGGGGCUGUUUUUUGAUAGGAUUCGACGGCGGUUUGAUAAUGUUGAUCUGAAAUUUCCAAAAGUGGAAGUUCGAUUUGAAAACCUGGAGAUAGAUGCAUUCGUACAUGUUGGGAGCAGAGCAUUACCCACCUUGCCGAAUUCUGUAUAUAACAUGAGUGAGGCUUUCUUGAGGGCGUUGAGGAUUUUUCCUGGCGGAAGAAAGAAAUCAAGUAUUUUGAAUGACGUUAGUGGUAUUAUUAGGCCUUCUAGAUUAACUCUCCUUUUGGGUCCUCCAAGCUCGGGGAAAACAACGCUGCUGUUGGCUCUUGCUGGACGUCUUGGACACGGGUUGGAGUUAUCUGGGAGAAUCACGUAUAACGGACAUGAACUAAAUGAGUUUGUGCCUCAAAGAACUUCGGCAUAUGUCAGCCAGCAGGACUGUCAUAUGGCUGAGAUGACAGUUAGAGAGACUCUUCAAUUUGCAGAACAUUGUCAAGGUUUUGGUUAUAAGCAAGAUAUGAUUAUGGAACUUUUAAGAAGAGAAAAGAACGCUGGAAUUAGACCAGAUGAAGAUCUUGAUAUAUUUAUAAAGACAGUGGCACUUGGAGAAAAUAAGACGAGUCUUGUCGUUGAAUACCUUAUGAAGAUUUUAGGAUUGGAUAUAUGUGCGGAUACGCUAGUAGGAGAUGAAAUGCGUAAAGGGAUAUCUGGAGGUCAAAUGAAGCGGCUGACUUCAGGAGAACUUCUGGUAGGGCCGUCAAGGGUUCUUUUUAUGGAUGAAAUAUCAACUGGGCUCGAUAGUUCAACCACCUAUCAAAUCAUUAAGUAUCUUAAGUACGCAACUCGUGCUCUUGAUUGCACGACCGUCAUCUCUUUGCUGCAACCGGAUCCUGAGACAUUCGAGUUGUUUGAUGACUUGAUUCUAUUAUGCGAAGGUCAAAUUGUAUACCAAGGACCCCGUAAUGCUGCUGUGCCUUUCUUUGCUUCUAUGGGUUUUCAGUGCCCGAACAGGAAAAACGUGGCGGAUUUUCUGCAAGAAGUUACAUCAGUAAAAGAUCAAGAACAGUAUUGGUCUCUUGAUGAGCAUUACGAAUAUGUUUCCAUUGAAAAGUUUGUAGAAGCAUUUCAAUCGAAUUUCCUUGGCAGUUCUUUGUCACGCCAGCUGGCGGUUCCUUAUGAUAGACGUCUAAAUCCUCCCGCAGCCCUAUCUACCAGCACCUAUGGUGUAAAGAGAAUGGAGCUACUCAAAAUUAGUUUUUCAUGGCAGAUGUUACUACUAAAACGCGAAGCAUUUGUUUACGCCUUCAGAUUCUUUCAGCUUAUGUUGGUUGUCUUAAUCAUGACGAGCGUAUUUUUUCGUACCACUAUGCAUCAUAAUUCGCUCGAUGACGGUGGAGUUUAUCUUGGUGCACUCUACUUUUCGAUCGUGAUGAUUUUGUUCAAUGGAUUUAUGGAGGUCCCGAUGUUGAUAGCCAAGCUUCCUGUAAUCUAUGAGCAUAGAGAUAUGCACUUCUAUCCAUGUUGGGUUUACACCCUUCCUUCAUGGAUUUUAAGUAUUCCGUCAUCAAUUAUAGAAUCUGGUGUUUGGGUGGCAGUCACAUACUAUCUUGUUGGCUUCGAUCCACAACUUUCUAGAUGUUUGAAACAGUUCGUGUUGUACUUCUCGUUGCACCAGAUGUCAAUCGGUCUUUUCCGUGUGAUGGCAUCAUUAGGAAGAAAUAUGAUCGUUGCCAACACUUUUGGAUCUUUUGCAAUGUUGGUCGUCAUGGCACUUGGAGGAUUCAUACUUUCUAGAGAUAGCAUCCCUGCUUGGUGGAUCUGGGGUUACUGGGUUUCCCCUUUGAUGUACGCUCAAAAUGCAGUUUCCGUCAAUGAAUUUUUGGGGGACACGUGGGAUAAGGCAGCUGGAAACAAUACCAACAUCCCUUUGGGGACGAUGUUACUGAAAGUCCGAAGCUUGUUUCCCGAGGAUUAUUGGUACUGGAUAGGAGUUGGUGCUUUGCUCGGUUACACGAUUCUGUUCAACAUUCUCUUUACUUUAUUCCUUACAUAUCUCAACCCUCUUGGAAAUCAUCAAACAGCUAUCCUUCGGGAAAAUACCAAGUUGCAGAAAACAAAUGGGAUUGUUUCUGCAAUCGUUGAGCUGAAACAUUACCUACAGUGCUCACCUUCAUAUGCCGGUACUGAUGUCGAAAACCAAAGAGGAAUGGUUCUUCCGUUUCAGCCUCUUACCAUGUCUUUCUGCAACAUCAGUUAUUACGUGGACAUCCCAGGGGAAUUGAGGCAAGAAGGUCUAUCGAACAACAAAUUGCAAUUGUUGGUCGAUGUAACUGGAGCUUUUAGGCCAGGUGUGCUUACUGCAUUGGUCGGUGUCAGUGGUGCCGGUAAAACUACUCUUAUGGAUGUUUUAGCUGGUAGAAAAACCGGCGGCCAUAUCUCCGGGCAUAUAUAUGUUUCAGGGUACCCCAAAAACCAAGAAACGUUCGCCAGGAUUUCGGGUUACUGUGAGCAGAAUGACAUUCACUCCCCAUGCUUGACCGUCCACGAAUCACUAAUGUUUUCGGCUUGGCUUCGAUUACCUUCUCAUAUUAACGUAGAAACGAAAAGGGACUUCGUAGCCGAGGUUAUGGAACUUGUUGAACUCGAUCCACUCAAGGGAUCGUUAGUUGGUCUACCGGGAAUUGACGGGCUAUCAACCGAGCAACGAAAAAGACUAACGAUUGCAGUUGAGCUAGUCGCAAAUCCUUCUAUCGUAUUUAUGGAUGAGCCUACUUCGGGACUAGAUGCGAGGUCUGCCGCCAUUGUUAUGAGAACUGUCAGAAAUAUCGUCAAUACUGGACGCACAAUUGUUUGCACUAUCCAUCAGCCGAGCAUUGAUAUUUUUGAAUCGUUUGAUGAGUUGUUACUCAUGAAACGCGGAGGAAAGCUCAUUUAUGCUGGUCCUUUAGGCACCGGAUCUCACAAAGUUAUUCGGUUUUUUGAGGCGGUAAGAGGUGUUGCUAAGAUCAGAUCCGGAUACAACCCUGCUGCUUGGAUUCUGGAGGCUACUUCAGCAACAGAAGAAACCCGCCUUGGAGUAGAUUUUGCUGAAGUUUAUCGUCAGUCGGAUCUAUAUUCGCAAAAUCAACAACUAGUUGAACUCUUGAGCAAACCAGAUAGGAGUUCAAAAUUCUUGUAUUUCCCAACCAAAUAUUCUCAGUCAUUCCUAGGCCAGUUUUCGGCAUGCCUUUGGAAGCAAAAUUUGUCGUACUGGCGGAACCCACAGUACACCGCUGUACGCUUUUUCUACACGGUCAUCAUAUCAUUGAUGUUCGGAACAAUGUGCUGGAAAUUUGGCGCUAAAAGGGAAACUCAACAGGACAUUUUUAACGCAAUGGGAUCCAUGUAUGCGGCCGUUCUAUUCAUCGGGAUCACCAAUGCCUCUUCUGUCCAACCAGUGGUGUAUGUUGAAAGGUCGGUUUCCUACCGAGAGAGAGCAGCGGGGAUGUAUUCCGCCUUACCGUUUGCAUUUGCACAGGUCGCAAUCGAGCUCCCGUACGUGUAUGUGCAGUCGCUUGUUUACAGCGUUAUUUUCUACCUUUUGGCUUCGUUUGAAUGGAGACUAUUGAAACUCUUUUGGUACAUAUACUUCAUGUACUUCACCUUGCUAUAUUUCACCUUCUUCGGGAUGAUGACAAUUGCUGUUACACCCAACCAUAACAUUGCUGCCAUCGUUGCUGCGCCGUUUUAUAUGUUGUGGAACCUUUUCAGCGGAUUUAUGGUUGCUAGAAUGAGGCUUCCGAUAUGGUGGAGAUGGUAUUAUUGGGCAAAUCCCGUAGCUUGGAGUUUGUAUGGGCUUCUAACAUCGCAAUAUGGAGACGUGAAUGAUCUUUUAAAGCUUGCUGAUGGUUUCCAUUCAGUUCCGUUACGACAGUUUCUUGAAGACGAGUUUGGGUACCGCCACGAGUUCUUAGGUGUUGCCGCCACUGCCGUGGUGGGUUUCUGUCUACUAUUUGCAGUGACUUUUGCUUUCACCAUGAAAUCCUUCAACUUCCAAAGGAGAUGAAGAUGUGUAAUGGAUUUGGGAUCAGACAAAAGAAGGUUACUUGAGACGUUCUUUCGUUAAUGUAUGAAAUAGCUGCUUAAUCUUAGGGGCUGUUUGGCACUUGCUGAAUGGUUUUGUACAGAAUGG